AUGGCCUCACGAAUCAUGCAUUAAUUAAAGAAUUUCUAAUCUAUUUUAUUACAUUUAGGACGGUGGAUUAUGUCAAUUAAAAAGCUUCACCUCUUCUAUAUUCUAAAGCUUCAAAUUCUCUGUUUCCCGAACCUGAAACUUUGAUUUCUUAAUGGUUAGACAUGAGAAAUCUAAGGCCAAAAUUUCUGACUUUCUACCAAAAGCAGCUGGUCCUGUAAAUUUCAUGAGUCCGCCACCUAGUCCGGCUAGAACCCCUUCCAGAAAAGGAUGCCGUAGUCCUCAAGUAUCUCUCGUUCCAAAAGAAAUUCGUCGAAAGGCUCGUAGUUUAAGCUUUGAUGUGAUAGAGCCUAAUUCUCCUAAAGUGUCGUGCAUCGGCAGUGUCAGGAACAAAGGCAGGAACAAGAGCAAGACCAAAAACAAGCUCACAAAAAUAGUAAAAGUGGUAGCUGCUUCAUUUUCUUGGCCUUUCAAGAGAAAACAAGAAAGUCAGGUGGGUUGUGUAUUUGACAGAAAUCAGGUAACUACAGCAGCAAAACUGAUUUCUUUAACUCAGCAAUAUUGUGUUGCUUUAGAAAGUCCACAACAUGAUGUUUCUGAUAUAAUUGUACCGAAACAAUUGCGCUCGUUGAGUCAAGUGAAGAAAUUUGCAAGUGGAAGGGGUGUUUUGAGGGAUUUUGAUUGGAAAACUCAUGCUGUUGGAGAAGAUGAGAGGAUUGAGGAUAAACAAAAUGAUGUUGCAAGUUGUUCCAAGUCUAUUGCCAAUGACUCAAAUAAAUGUGUGGGAGACAAGUGCCAUUUCUCUCCUCCUACACCACUUCCAUUGUAAACUAUUUUCUAAAAGACAUCUUUUUUUUCCGAGAAAGACGGAUAAAAUAUUCCGACACGAUACCAUCAGGAGCUUUAGUACUUAAACCAACACCUUAACGCACGAGUUGACGACAGAGGAGCGUGUUAUGUGAUAUUGGACAUUCUAAUGGAAGAGGGGUAUCUCUCGGGCCUCUUAUGGUAGGUCAACUGAAUGAACUAAAAUUUCAAAAUUCAAAUACGAUUGAUAAGUUGUUAAUAAUGUAUUCAUUGCUUUGCAAUUUUGCAUCAAUUUUCUUUUCACAUUUCUGAUAUCAUGUUUAAAAUUGUGUGAAGUGUGAACAUUUAGUGCUUAUACAAGCUAUUUUGUUAUGAUUUCUGAAAUGCUAAAGGAAAACAUGUUAGUUUGAAGCAAUUCUUUGUAAUGAUUCAUCCAAUCCAAUAAGGAAAUAAUUCUAA